AUGAACAGAGUCGUGAUGCUACUUGAUAUGGACUGUUUUUAUGUUCAAGUUGAACAACGGGAAUUUCCUGAAACUAAAGGGAAGCCGUGUGUUGUUUCACAGUAUAGUGAGUGGAAAGGUGGAGGAGCUUUAGCCAUAAGUUACGAAGCCAGGGCUCUAGGUAUCAAGCGUGGGAUGUUUAGUGAUGAAAUUCGAGUUCAGCAUCCAGAAGUGAUUAUUUUCAAAGUUCCUGAGAAACGAGGUAAAGCAGAACUUACAAGAUAUCGGGAUGCGAGUUCUGAAGUGAUUCAGUGUAUAUCCGAAUUUACUAGCGAUAUUGAGAGGGCUAGUAUUGAUGAGGCCUACGUUGACUUAACUGGUAUCGUAGAUUCAGUUUUGGUCCAGGAUGACAAUUUGUCAUCACUGCAACCCAAUCCAGAGUCUUACGUGUUAGUUAGCAGCGAUAUUGCUGAGGAGUCAAAGUUAGAACUUACCAAAACCAACUGUGUUUCGCUCAACGGUGUUGAUUGGAUCCAGUUACUAGACUCUAACUUUGCAGAAGGAAGGCGAUUAGCUGUAGCUUCUGAAUUGGUAUACCGCAUUAGACAGGCUGUAUUUACAAAAACAGGAUUUAGAUGUUCCGCUGGGAUUGGUCCAAAUAAAUCUAUCGCUAAAUUGGCAUGCAGUCUAAAUAAACCAAAUAAACAAACAAUUAUUCCGCAUGAAUCAAUUCCCAUUUUAUUGGAAAAUACUCAUAUAAGUAAAAUACGUAAUUUAGGUGGUAAACUUGGAAGUGCUGUUGUUAAACAAUUGAAGAUUGAAACACUUGGUCAGCUAAGUUCAAUUCCAUUGUCUGUGCUCACAAAAGAAUUUGGUGAAAAAACAUCAAAAUGGCUUCAUGACUUAUCUCAUGGGAUUGAUCAUGAAGUAGUUACUACUCGAUCACUUCCAAAGUCUGUUGGUUGUAGUAAAAAUUUCCUUGGACGUGCAACACUUACAUCAAGUGAACAAAUUAAACGAUGGUUAUUGUGCUUAGCUGAAGAAAUAUUUGAAAGAUUAGAUGUUGAUUAUCAUCAACAUCAACGUUAUCCUACUCGAUUAAUUCUUUAUGCACGUACAACCAAUGAUCCAGGAUACAUUGGUGGGAUAUCACGUACACUUCCGUCUAAUCUUUUACAAUUCAUUGGUUAUGGAAAUCGGAGUAUCAUGAAUAAUGAUGAUGGAAAUUGUAGUAAUAGUGAUUUAGACAACAAAUUACUUAAGUAUACAAGUCAAAUUGAAAAACUUGCAAAUACUGCUUUGGUCAUUUUAAAGGAAGUCCUUUUUAAAGGGGAAGCUCCGGAAAUAUGGGAUCCUGGUAUAAAUUCUUUAGGUCUUUCAGCUGGAAAAUUCUUAUCUAAUUCCUCUACUUCAAAUGUUGAUAUUCGAUCUUUAUUACAAAAAAAGCAAAUAGAAUCUAUAAAAUAUGAUACUGUUGUUCAGCAAGAAUCAAUGGUAUCUAUUCCACCUGAAAAGUCUACAUCACCAUCUUUAGUUAAAUUGUCUUCUGAUAAUGAUGUUAAAAAUGAUACAGUCAACAUUUCACCUGAUAGAAAACGUAAUUCUAAUGAUUCUACUGUAAAUAUUAACACAAAUAAUCUUUCGUUUUUUAAACGGUUGAGAGUCGCUGAAAUCUCAACUCCAUUUCAUCCAACUCCAUUAAUUGACAAUCUCAAUAUUAAUAAUAAUACUACUAAUAAUGAUAAUAAUACAACUGAGAAUAAGGAUUUUUUAUUAAUAGAAAAUCAAAGUGGAAAACUCAUUUCCAAUUCAAUAACACCAACAUCAAUAACAACAACCAAUGUACAAUUGCAUCAAUCAUUAGAACAGAAUAAAUCAUCCACAUUAGACGAUUCUUCUUAUUUAGAAGUUGACUCAGAAUCACGUCAUUCAACAUCAACAACUUCAGAUUCGUCUAAUUUUUUCAAAUCAUAUUCAAUUGGUGAUUGGAUUAUUUGUGAUAAGUGUAAUUCACGUAUAUCUGUAUGGCAAUUACCAGAACAUGAAGAUUUUCAUAUAGCUCAACGUAUACAACAUGAAUGGUCAAAUAAAGAGGUUAAUAUAAAUACAACAUCAAUAGAGACAUCAUUAACAAAAUCUAAUGAUACUAAUAAUUCAAAUCAAGUAAAUAAUUCAUUAAUAAAUAAAAUAUCUUCCAAUCAAAAAUCAACUAAAAUUAAAUCUAAAUUAAAACAAUCAAAAUCAAUAAAAAAACAUCAAAAAUCAAUUAAAUCUAAUUCUGGAAGUUUAGAUCAAUAUUUUCAUAAAAUCCCUUAA